AUGAUGCUGUUGCUGCUGCUCAGUCUCUCUGCUCAGCUCCUGUUCUCAGGGGCACAAGUCUUUAAUGGGCCAAAUGUUGUGGACAUCAGCAUGUGUCCCAUCGCCUACUACGGAACAAUUUACACCGAGCUCCAGCUCUUCUUCCGCGACAACAAACAGUUGAGCAUCCAUUUUGGGAGGAUGAAUGGCAGCUCUCUGGUGAACUUCAUUGAUAUCAAACAGCCGUUGGAGGCGGAGACGGUCACUAUGGAAGUCAUUUCAGACUUGACAGCUGCCGAAACUGUGAUCAAAGAAAGUUAUUCCCACAUCUCCACAUCCUCGACCUGCGGCAUUCGCCUGAAAAUGACUUUAGACAUGGCGACAAGAGUCAGCAACACAGAUGUGGACUUUAUUGUGAACUCUGACCAAUCUGCAACUCUUUAUUUGGGUGGAGGCAUUUUAGCAGUGGAUCUAACGGGCUGCCAGCACCAAGACCAGAGUUACUGGAUGAACGCCAAGGUCACUGACCUCUGUUUGGAGCAAACCUGCCUCUCCACGGGGCUGUGGAGCGCUCCGGCCCCUACCUGCUUGGACAGUGAAAGCUGUUUUGGCGACAACUUGUGUGGAAUGGAGACCACGUGUGUGGCAUUUGGGAACAGCAUGGUGGACUUUACCCAAAUGAGCAACCAGAUCUCAAACUUCUGUAAUAACACACUGCUGCUGUCGCCCAAUUUCACGGUGACGGGUUCUUACGCAUCACGCCGAAACACUGAGGUGCCAUUUCUACAGAGCGUCAAUCUGAAAACGACAGGAUACGUGACGCUAAAACACGGAGGAGUGGUGCUGACGAAACAGGAAAACGGUGAGGAGGUGGAGGUGGACUUGAGCUCGUCUGUGGUGACUCUGUACGGUGUGGAGCUCUCCAAAAGCCCCCGCGGAGUGAGCGCUACUUUCACUGAUUCAACCCUACGCUCCUUGACUGUACUGUACGACGGGACUCUGCUGUCUAUCAACAUGAAGGCACCACGCUAUUCGAGUCUAGUGAGCGGCCUCUGCCAAGGCUUUGCUCCACCCGGGAGCAAUAUUGACUGGAAUCUGUCUGAAGACAACUGUGACGUCGUCGUCCCAGACUCAGACAAAGACGACAUCGACUGUGACGCGGUGACAGAGAGGUGCAGUGCAGAGCUCACGUCUCUGAAGGAUGCCUUCGGAUGCCACUUCUCCAUAGCUCCUUUUGUGGACAGCUGCUCCAGAGACCUGCUGUGUUUGUACCCGGAGGAGGACGGUCUGCUCUGCGCCGUGAAAGACGCCUUUGCCACGACGUGCGGCUUUGGCGACGAGUGGAGGAGCGCCGCAAACUGUGCACUGUCCCCCUGUGUGGACCACGCCUGUGCUGACCAUGAGUUCUGUGCCAUUAACGCCGUGGGUGAUCCGGCAUGUUUCUGCCAGGAUAUCGUGGCCACGCCCUACAGGACUGCCGGCACUUACGGUGAUGUGAGCUGUGACUCCGCCUCUGUCUCCGCCUCCCUCCUAACCUGUUUUCUGGAGGAGAAGGGGGUGGAGCCUUCCACUGUGCACCUUCUGGACCCCCGCUGCACCUCAGUGUCCCAGGACCAGAGCAAGAGCCUCCGCUUAGACUUCAGCUCCACCAACCUGUGUGGAGGCACCAUCAACGACACUACAGAUCAGGUCGUCUUCUCCAACAUCAUCUCAAACACUGUGAAUAGCUCUGCGGAUGUCGUCAUGUACCAGAACCCACUGUCCAUUCACUUGUCCUGUGCCUACAAACCCACGAUCACUACGGCAACCAUCACCAUCUCAGACGGCUCUGUGACCCUGGUCUACCCCGCUGGAGAGUUCCUGUACAACAUCACCAUUAGCCUGUUCACAGACGAGGACCUCUCGAUGGCCGUGGGGCAGGACACUACUCUGUUACUGAACCAGAAGCUGUGGGUGCAGCUGGAGGCUGAGGGCGUGGGGGGCUCGGACCUGGCUCUGUUCAUCCAGGACAGCUGGGCCACACCCUCAACGGAACCCACGGACAGCCCCCGUCAUGACAUCAUCACACAGGGAUGUGAGAACUCUGAAGACUCCGUGGACAUCAUCUCGAACGGCGUGUCACUGACUUCAGUCUUUGCCUUUCGCCUGUUUGAGUUCAUUGAAGCGCUCUCUGCUGGUCUCAGUCUGCACUGUCAGCUCAGGCUGUGCAUCGUCGGCAGCAGCUGCACCAUGCCCACGUGUGCGUAA